CAAAGAGCAGUAUAGUAUGUACUGCGGUUACUCGUCAGCCGGUUAUUUUUCUUAAAUAUUACAUUAAUUAUAACAAAAAUUUUAUAGAAAGAUUUAUUAUUAUUCACAUAUUGCAUAAAAUGUCUGAAAUUUUGGAAAUAGACGGAAGCGUUUUAGAAGGGGGAGGCCAAAUUUUGCGGAAUACCAUAUCACUGAGUGCAAUUCUUGGUAUUCCUGUGAGAGUAUUCAAUAUUCGCGCAGGAAGAAGCAAACCUGGUUUAGCAGGUCAACAUUUAAAAGGUAUCGAGCUAGUAGCUGAAAUGUGUAAGGCCAAAUUGAAAGGUGCCAAUUUAGGAUCUACUGAAAUUGAAUUUAUCCCAGGCAAAAUUAAAGGUGGACACUACGUAGCUGAUACUCGCACUGCAGGCUCAAUCAGUCUUCUCCUCCAAGUGGCUCUACCAUGUGCCUUAUUAGCUGACUCCCCGGUUACCUUGGACCUCAAGGGAGGUACAAAUGCUGAUAUGGCCCCACAAAUUGAUUAUAUGGAUAAAGUAUUUAAAAGUCACCUUAAGCGGUUUGGUGGUGAUUUUUCUAUGGAAAUAAUUAGGAGGGGAUAUUUCCCCCGGGGAGGCGGGCAUGUGCGGGUUGAGGUGACUCCAGUCCGAUCAUUUCAUAGUAUUACUGUUUUGGAGAGAAAAGAACUUCAAAGUAUAGAUGGUUGGAGCUUUGUAGCUGGUGUAUUGCCUGUAAAAGUGGCUUAUCAAAUGAGCGAUGGGGCGAAGGCCGAGCUGCGAGGGUACUCACCCAACAUUCACAGUUAUAAAGAAGAUCAGAGUGUAGCAAAGGAUAAUUGUGCAGGCAUUAUUUUGUCAGCAUCAUUCUCCAGCGGUUGUGUGCUAGGCAGCGACGGGCUCUGUAGUCGCGGGUUUGACAAACAUGAGGCGGGGCGGAAAGCUGCGGAACCGCUGCGGAAGAUUUUGGAAAAUUCUAAAGCCUGUGUCGAUGCGCAUGCGCAGGACCAAAUAAUAUUAUACAUGUGCCUAGCUUCAGGCCAGUCGUCGGUACUGGUCGGUGACGUCACACUGCACACACAUUCAGCUAUACACAUAGCUGAGACUAUAGCUAAGGUAAAAUUCACAAUUCGCCCAGAAGGCUCUGAUAACAUUAUCGAAUGCAAUGGUUUAGGUUUUUUAAAUAACAACAUCCUAGAAUGAAGUGAUUUGUGAAACAACUAUUGUCUCAUUCAAACAUAACAGAAAUGCGUACGAGUAAAAGAGUACAAUGCAUUAAAUAUUGAUACGGCGUGUUUAAAUAUUAAGCUUAAAGAAUACGUACUAAUAAUGUAUACGUAUUGUUUUAUCUAUUUAAUUAAUUUAUAUUUAAAUUGUAUAUAUUAUUAUAUCUUAAGCUAUUAACCGACUGAUGGCGCUACCUACUGUAACAAUGUUUGUAAACGUUAAUUAUUUAAA